ACCUUUUAAAGUCCGCCGUGUAAGUCUGCGAGCCACCUGAGAGACAGAGAGGACAGAAGACACGCAGAAUCAUGGCAGUGAGGACAGCUCCGGGCACAGGAAUACUGCUGGUGACAGCCAACGUUGGAUCCCUGUUCGAGGAUCCUGACAAUCUACAGAAAACUUGGCUGAGGGAAUUCUACCAGGUAGUACAGUCGCAGAAGCCUCACUUCUUGGCGGUGCACUGUCAAGAGGUGGGUGGGAAGAACUAUGAGGCGUCCAUGUCGCACGUGGACAGUUUUGUGAAAGAGCUGUUGUCCAGUCAGGCCAUGAGGGAGUACAACAGAGCCCGCAUCUACCUCGAUGAGAACUACAAAUCCCAGGAGCAUUUCACGGCUCUUGGGAGUUUCUACUUUAUCCACGAGUCUUUGAGAAACAUCCAACAGUUUGAUUUCAAAGCCAAGAAAUUUAAGAAGGUGUUGGGGAAGGAGACUUGCUCAGAGACACUAGAAAGCACAGCCUCGCUGGAGAAGGAGAAGUUUCCACAGGACUACUUUCCUGAGUGCAAGUGGUCCAGAAAGGGAUUCAUCAGAACUCGAUGGGCCCUGGCUGACUGUGCCUUCGAUCUGGUCAACAUCCACCUUUUCCACGAUGCUUCCAACCUUGUGGCCUGUGAGAAAAGCCCUUCGGUCUAUUCCGGGACCAGACAGAAGGCCCUCGGCUACGUUUUAGACAGGAUCACGGACGGGAGGUUUGAGAAGUUGCCACAUUUUGUCUUCGGGGACUUUAACUUCAGGUUGGACUCGAAGGAAGUUAUUGAGGCUCUCUGCCCCACUGCCACCAAGCACAUGGUCCGAUCCGCCGACGGCGACGAAGUCGACAAGCUAAUAUUCCGAGAAAGCGAUAACGACCGAAAGGUUGUUCUUCAACUUGAAAAGAAGCUUUUUAAUUAUGUCAACCAGGACGUUUUCCGGGAAAACAAUGGGACCCCACUUUUAGAGUUUGACAAGGAGCUGUCAGUGUUCAGGGAUCGGCUGCACGAACUGGAGAUCUCCUUCCCGCCCAGCUAUCCGUACAGUGAAGACAGCAGCGAGGGGAAGCAGUACAUGAACACGAGAUGCCCGGCCUGGUGCGACCGCAUCCUCAUGUCUUCAUCCGCCAGGGACCUGAUCUUUAAGCCUGAAAAUGAAGAGAAGCAUAUACUCUAUGAUAAUAUCGGGCCCAAUGUCUGCAUGGGGGACCACAAGGGAAGUGUUGCCAAAGGGGGGAGAACAUAUUCCGUGAAGCGCCUCUGUGAGAACACAAGAGAAACAACGAGAACACACACACACAUACACGCACACACACAUAUAUCACGCACAAUCACACACACACACACACACACGCACACACACUUUGCACAAUCGUACACUGAAGACAAACUUUUUCAGCAGUGCUGACCAGUUGCAGUUGUCCGGACGCCUCAUCCUCAUCCACAUCCACUCACCCCCACCCCUCCACCCCUUACCCUCCCUUACCCC